GACGAAACACAAAAGCAAAUUCAUGAUUUUUUUAGCUAGGCGCGAUUCGCGCGAAGUAGCUUUCGUUAUUCAACAAAUUUCUUUAUAAAUCUAGUGAUUAAAUAAUGGCAGAAAAGUCAAAGGAAUCUUUGACAGAUUCCUCUGAUGAGGGCUCUGAUCAAGAACCUUCAUAUAUAUUCUACCGUGAUAGACAAGAAUGGAGUGAUGUUGUGCCCGUCGAGUUACAUGAAGGACCUUUUCCGGUCGUCGCUAUUGCAUAUUCCGACCGAUUCAAAGACAUAUUUAACUAUUUCCGAGCUAUUGUGUUGAAAAAUGAGAUCUCAGAGAGAGCAUUUCAGUUGACAAGUGAUGCACUCGAACUGAAUCCUGCUAAUUAUACAGUUUGGCAAUAUAGACGAACUGUAUUAAAAGGACUUGAAAAGAGUAUUCCAAAAGAACUAACAUUUGUAAGAACAAUUAUAGAAGAUCACCCUAAGAACUACCAAGUUUGGCAUCAUCGUAGAGUACUGGUAGAGUGGUCAGGUGAUCCAUCUAGUGAACUUCGUCUUACUGAAAUAGUGCUAGCUCAAGAUGCCAAAAAUUAUCAUGCAUGGCAACACAGACAAUGGGUGCUUGAUACAUUCAAACUCUUUGAUCAUGAAUUGGAGUUUGUAGAGCGCUUAUUAGAAGAUGAUAUUCGAAACAAUUCAGCAUGGAAUCAACGGUAUUUUGUUGUAAAGCAAACGACAGGCUUUACUGAAGAUAUAAUCAACCGGGAACUGACAUUUACUGUCAACAGUAUAAAGAUAGUAUGCAAUAAUGAAAGCGCAUGGAACUACUUACGCGGUAUUCUAUCGCAUUGUCCAACUGGACUGAAUGGUCAUCCAAUAGUCGAAGAGCUUUGCCAGUUUCUGGACGAGAACAAAAGUGAAGCGCCAUUUUAUUUUGCGUUUUUGGUCGAUAGAAUGGAAGAAAUGAUGCAGUCUGAUCCUUCGAAACGCGAAGUCCUAUUACCCAAAGCAGAUGAAGUGCUCCAGUUAUUAGCAACAAAAAUGGAUCCCAUUCGCCGUGAAUACUGGCUUUUUCUGUCACGCUAUUUCAAUUCACAGUUUGCCAUUUGAUAACGUAUCUCGUCAAUUAAAAUACACCUUUUUUAAAUGACUUGAUGGACUCUUUCUUUUGCUUGAUCGAAGGACUGCCACCUUUUGUUCGUUUCCACUUCAUCCGCCGAUUUUGGAACCAUACUUUAACCUAAAUUUUAUCAAAUGAUUUAAGGUUUAGUUAUUCAUUUUUCUUCCUGUUAUUGAAACUGUAUCGAAUGUGCUUAUCAUUUUCACUUGCCUGCCUUUCCGUAAGAUCAAGAGCAACCGCAAUUUCGUAACGACGUAGUCGCGUUAAGUAAUUUGAGUGGGCGAAUUCGUUUUCUAGCUCACGUAUCUGCUGUUUGGUAAAAGCAGUUCGUUCCUUCCUUGGUUUAUUUGAGAUUGUGUCCCCACUGCUAGAUUCCUCUGCAAAAAAAAUUAUGUUUUGUUU